AUUGUGCGUGGGGGUGUAUCACUGCUCAGGGCUGAGGGGGCGGAGAGCUUUUAGACUGAAACUACGAGCCAUGACUGUUCACAUCCUCUAGGUGUGGCCUCCCAGGCUCCUCAGUGUGAUCCAGGAACUACCGGCUGACAGAAGUGGCUGAGCCAGUUAUUCUCAGAGAGCAUAAGAGGAGUGGAAGUGAGGCCGGGCUGACAGAGACAGGCUGAAGACAUGGCCGAUACAGAGGCUCCCACCUCGAACCAGCAGCAGCAGCAGCAGUGUGGCUCCUGUCUCGGGGACAAAAGUAAAGGAUGUCCUCAGUGUCUCCAGAGCCCGGACAAGCCUGAGCCUGCAGACGCUCCCAAACAGAACGGGACAGAGGCUGAAGCUGUGAUCAAGAGUAAAGAGGAGCAGAGUCCGGACCCUAAGGCUGCAGAGGAGACCAAAAUCCAAGAAGACCUGAAGGAGUCUGAGGACCCCAAGAAGCCUGAGGUGGAGGAGCAGAAGGAGGAGAAGGAGCAGACAGAUGGAGAGGUGAAAAACGGAGCAAAAGAAGAGGAGGUAAAAGAAGAGGAGGUGAAGGUGGAACCUCUGGGCCCCGACGAUGUGGUGUGCGACUCCUGCAUUGAGAGCCCCUGCAGGGCCCUCAAGUCCUGCCUCACCUGCCUGGUGUCGUACUGUGAGGCUCACCUCCGGCCUCACCUGGAGAACCCCAAGUUCAACAACCACCGGCUGGUGGAGCCGCUCAGGGACAUCGAGAGACGGACCUGCGAGAGCCACAACUGGCCCCUGGAGCUUUACUGCUGCGCUGACGCCUGCUGCGUCUGUCAGGACUGUGUGACGGAGGAGCACAAGGGCCACAACACCAUGCCUGUGACGGAGGCUCGCAGUCAGAUAGAGAGGGAGCUGAGGGAGAAGCAGACGGAGAUGGCGAAGACGGUGACGGCGGGAGAGAACGCCAUCAACAAACUUCAGCUCAACACAGUUUCUAUUGAGCAAUCUGUGACCGAGGUGCGAGCGGUGAUUGAGAGCCAGUUCGAGGAGCUGCAGGCGGUUGUGGAGAGGGCGAAGCGGGAGGUGACGGAGAUCCUGGAGGGCGAGGAGAAGCAGGCGCUGAGGCAGGCCGAGGGCAUCCGGGUCCACCUGGAGCAGAGGUGCACAGAGCUGAAGAAGACGCAGGGGCAGAUGGAGAAGCUCUCCAAGAACAAAAACGAUGUGGAUUUCUUACAGGAGUACUCAGAGUGGAAGAAAGAAGCCACUGAUAUCUCUCUGCCUGGGAUCUACAUCGGCCUGACGGACCGUCUGAAUUCCUUCAGCCGCGUGAUCGUCGACUCCACAGAGGAGUUGUGUGCCAUGCUCGUGUCCUCUUACAUAGAGAAAGUUAAAGAGAUCUGCAAGAAUGAUAAAAUGGGAAUAAAGACGACAGUUCAUGAAAUAGUUGCAGCCAAACAGAACAUGUCCAUACCAGAUCCAGAGACACACGCAGACUUCCUCAAGUACGCCGCCCAGGUGAGUUUCGACGCUGACACCGCUCACAAGUUCCUGCGGCUGACGGAGGAAAACAGGAAGGUGACCAACACCACGCCGUGGCAGCAUCCUUACCCUGACGUACCCGAGAGGUUUGAGCACUGGCGCCAAGUUCUGGCAGCAGAGAGCUUCUAUCUGGGGCGCCACUACUUCGAGGCAGACAUCAGCGGCGAGGGCACGCACAUCGGUCUGACCUACAAGAGUAUCGACCGCAAAGGCAGCGAGAGCAACAGCUGCAUCACAGGAAACAACUUCUCCUGGUGCCUCCAGUGGAACGGCCGCACCUUCUCCGCCUGGCACAGCGACGUGGAGACGCCUCUGAAUGUGGAGAAGUUCACUCGUAUCGGGGUGUACGUGGACUACUCAAGGGGCCUCCUGGCUUUCUACGGCGUGGAUGAAACCAUGACGCUCAUCCACAACUACCAGGCAGAGUUCCUGGAGCCGAUUUACCCGGCUUUCUGGUUGUCCAAGAAGGAGAAUGUCGUUGCCUUGGUGGUGCCAGGGGAGCCAUUACGGCUCAAAAGCCCGUCUCCUCCCACUUCACCUGCAAACGGAACUAUCGUUUCAAAACCAGCAGCACAACAAUGAGUAGAAGUCAGUUUCUCCUGGAUCAUUAAGGGACAAUUCAACAAUAUGACACUGCUGCUUUUAAAAUGUUUGCCUCUCAAAAAUAGAUUUAAUAUCUGAAACUUUAAAGGGAUAGUUUGGAUCUUUUGAAGUGGGUUUGUAUGAGCUUUCUUGUCAGUACUCCAGCCUGCUUCUCCAAACUGUGGCUGUGCUGCCUGACAUCUGCUGUAGGUAACACACCGACUAUGUGUAAGUACUUCAUACAACCCAACUUCAAGAGAUCCAAACUGCCCCUUUAAGGAAAACAUAAACCUGUUUACAGCAGCCUGAUAUUUUGUAAAGCUAAUAUAAGUUCUGAAUGUUUAUCUGGUGUAUGUUUGGGUUUAAGUCGUAUUUAUGCUCCUGUACUUUUGGGACUACUGUUACUUUUCAUCCCACUGUGAAUUCAGAGGUGUUCUAUAUUUUCUGUAGGCAAAUAAAAAUUUGUAUCUUC